AUGAUUCCAAGUCAACAAAGACGACUGACAUUUUACGAAGAUGCGCAAAAAGUAAUAAUAAAACAAAAUCCAUGGAUAAAAUUUAUUAACGUUAUACUUGCGCUCAUAAUUUUUAUACUUUUUACUGCCUAUGAUUUUAAUGCAAUUGGAGUAUUGAAUAAGGAAAGCGAGAAACUAGUUAACUCAAGCCAACGUUUAAAAUACAAUGAUAAUCAUGGAUUAGAAAUUAUCGGAUGGUGCUGCUGGAGUAUAUAUUUACAUGUUUUAUGUUUUUAUAUUAUACGGUUUUUUAUUAGCCCACCUUGGAAAAAUACCGAAAAUUUUUAUUAUGUCAAACCUGGAAAAUGGCGAACUUUAAUAAAAUUUCUAUUAAUUGACAUAUUACUGUCUUGCUUGAAUAUUCCACUUUCAUAUCCAUAUUUAAAAGAAUCGAUAACCUCAUGUAAUAUCGAAUCUUUAGACUCAGCGGAAUAUGAAUGGUGUACUAUCCGUACAAAACUUGUUAUAUUAGCAUGGUUAUCGAUAUUUAUUUGGUUUUUGGUGUAUCUAAUUUAUCUCACUCUUAUAUUCGUAAUUUUAUGUGAAAAGGUUUAUGUGAUUUUAAAGUCUUGGGUUAUUUAUCAGUAUCAAUAUAUGAAAGGAUUAUACUUAAUAUGGAUACGCAAAGAAAAGUUGAAAAAGCAAAGUGAAAUAGAAAUCGAAGAGUCUAAAGAUUUAAUUAGUAAGAGUUUUGAAGAUAAUUCUGGUGAGAAUGCUAAAUACGAUAUUAAUGAGGCUGAUGGAUUUGAAAUAGUUACUACUAAAUAA